AUGGCCCAGGUGGUAAUCGCACAAAGAGAAGCAAAGAACUGGUCCGAUCGGGUUGCACUUGCAUCAGUCCGCGUGUUACGAUGGGGUAUGGACUUCGCUACGGGAUAUCGGCAUCCUCCACCUGGCAAAGAAAGUCAGGUGGAAUUCCGAAUGACUGAACGAAAAUGGCUCACACGGUUUAUCUUUUUGGAAAGUGUUGCCGGUGUCCCAGGCAUGGUCGCUGGAAUGCUGAGACACCUGCGAAGUCUUCGACGCAUGAAGCGAGAUAAUGGAUGGAUCGAGACACUUUUAGAAGAGGCAUUCAAUGAGCGGAUGCAUUUGCUUACGUUCAUGAAGCUUGCUGAGCCAGGAUGGUUCCUACGCCUUAUGGUUCUUGGAGCCCAAGGGGUAUUUUUCAACUGCUUUUUCCUCUCCUACCUUGUAUCUCCGCGCACUUGCCAUCGAUUCGUCGGUUACCUUGAAGAGGAAGCCGUGAUCACGUACACUCGGGCGAUUCAAGACAUUGAGAAGGACCGCCUACCCGAAUGGCACAAGACAGAGGCUCCUGAUAUUGCCAUCAAAUAUUGGAACAUGUCCGAAGGUCAGAGGACGAUGAGAGAUCUGCUUUUAUAUGUCCGGGCAGAUGAGGCCAAGCACCGAGAAGUCAACCACACACUUGGAAACUUGAAACAGGAGGCAGACCCGAAUCCCUAUGCAUCGACUUAUCACGACCCAAACAAAGCCCAUCCGAACAAGGGGAUCGAGAAUCUUAAAGCUAGUGGUUGGGAAAGAGAGGAAGUCAUUUGA